AUGUCCUCUACCCAGCCUGCGUCCAAACAGGCUGUAGGCAACGAAAGCCAACUUCCACCGGUAGAAGAUAACCAUGCUCCCAAUUCGCCAUCUGCCAGCCAGGGUUCGAGGAACAACGAGAUCGAAUCUGUUUCCAACAGAGAAGAGCCCUCGCUAACUUCUGAGCCGUCGUACUUGGUUCCUGGCACACCUCAAACGCCAUGGAAGGCCAAGUGGGCGGGCUUGAAGUCUCGAUUCUUCAUGCCGUCUGUCAUGGUUCUUCUUGGGCUUCUUGGCUUUCUCGGAGCAAUUGGCGACCACUUAUACUACCAAAGCCUCAGCGGAAAGACAGUCAAAGAUGCGCAAUGGCCCGUCAGGUUUGGCAUUGCACUUUCCUUGUGA